GUGUAAAGUAAUCCUGGUAGUAAGGUAAUCCUGUUAUAUAUGUAAUCCUGAGUAUAAAGUAAUCCUGUAAUAUAUUUAAUCCUGAGUAUAAAGUAAUCCUGUUAUAUAUGUAAUCCUGAGUAUAAGGUAAUCCUGUUAUAUAUGUAAUCUGAGUAUAAUAUCAGUAUUUUACCCAUGUAAUCCUGUACCAAGUUAGUAGAGACAAACAGUAACUUGGUACAGGAUUACCUACAUGGUUAAAGUACUGGUUUUGCCACAACCCUGAGUACAAUUACCUUACCAGGGGACUUAAAACAGUUUGGGUUUAUAGAGUAAGUCAUUUAGAGUCGAGGGAUAUCGUUUUCAAAGCGGUAGUACCAAAUUUGGAUUUUUAGUAAUUUUAUUUCAUAUUAUAAGUGCCGGGCGAACGUAAUUUGCACUACUCCGGUAGAAACGAAUCGGUUUAUAAUUCAUUAAAAAUCGAAAUAUUGUACUAAGACUUAGCCAAGCACAUCCCUGGCUUCGUUAGGAUAUCCCCUUUUUGGGAAAUGCAUUUUGGAUACUUACAAUUUGCAUAAAGUUGUGGUGAGGUCGAGUUGUCCAGAAAACGGUAUAUCGGUGCAGGAUUACAUAGGUAAAAUACUUGUUUUGCCCCUACUAAAAGUCUAAUUCGCCUACCAGGGGACUUAAAACUAUUUGGGGGUAUAGAGUAUGGUUAAUUUUCUUAUUCAAUCACUUUCCAUUUGUUCGUCGACCAGGUCCAUCGUGAUGUCGUCCAAACGGUCCAAUUUAAUUUGUAGCUUGGCUCAAGGCCAUAAUGUUUUAGAAAUGCGUCAAGACAUCGGUGUAAUUGAUGGUAUUAUUCCUAGGGGUUCUUUUCCGAACUUUGGUGAUUUUUUAGGUAAACGGGAAGAAAAAAAACAAGUUGUUCAUGGCAUUAAAAAUAAUUUUAUUUUCAUAAAAUGCCCAUUUUGUAAUGCUAAAUUUAUAAACGAAAACAAUAUAAUACGCCAUAUACAAAUCAAUCAUUCAAAUUCUAUACAAAAUAAAAGGCCGUAUAAACCAUCGGAGGAUACCUUAAUUGCAAUUGCGUCUGCUAUAAAUUUUGUAAAUUCCUUCCACAUUACAUCGGGACAAAUUUUUUAUUUAUUAAAAAGUUAUGGAUACAAAAUAAAAGGCAUUGAACAGUUGGAUACUAUUAUUGUUCAAAAUAUCAAGAGUAUCCAAUUUUACAUAAAUUGCAAAUAUGAGGUCCUUAAUAGAUGUGGUCAUGUAGAAAAAGUUAUUGAAUUCAUAAAACUUAAAAAUAUGGAACAAAGCAUUAUUGCAAAUGUGAGGGAUAUGGUAUUAAAGGCAGCAGGCGAAUAUGUUGAAUCGAAUUUCAAAACAAAAAAAUUGGGGGAAAAAAAGACUGCCAAACUUGUCCAAGAUUCGGUUAAAAUAUUCGACAGCAGUGCAGCAAAAAAUUUUGCUCAAUAUUUAAAUGCUUUAAAAAUUCAACAAAAUGUUCCCUACCAACCACAAAUCACUCUAGUUGAUUUUCCAGAGGUUUUUGCCAACCCUCCCACCCAACAGAAAGGAGAUUUCUCCAAUAUGUUUUGGCAAAAUGUGUUUGAUUGUCAUAGUAUAAGGUCUAUGGACAAUUCAAUAUCAUUUUCUAUUUCCUGUUUUGUUCACAACAGAAGCGAUGAUGUCAAUUUAAGUGAAGUUGAGUUUCAUGUAUAUAAACUAAUAGAGAUGAAAAAAAAUAUUAUUAAAAUGAAUAUUGUAACAGAUUACAUUGAUAUAUUUGAAAAUCAAAUUGAAAAGUUUAUCGCUACAGAUAAUAAAAUGAUACUAACACAUAUUGACUUACUACAAGCAAAUGUGUUGAAUAAUGUGGAGUUUUGCUUAAAAAACUUUAUAAGCAAACUGGACAACUGGUGGAUGCAUCCCUAUGUGCGUUAUGAUCCCAGUUUCCGGUCCUCUGAAAAUAGUAGUUCGAUGCAAGUUGACCUGACCACCCAACCAACAUCCUGCUUAACAUUUUUCAAGGAGGACACCACAAACCGUUUGUUUGUUUUGGCUUGCCUGCAUUUAUAUUUUAGAAAUACAAUUUUGUUACAAAACCACACUCUACAUACCUUAUACCAGCAUAUAACUGUUGUAAUGGCAAUUAUAUCCAGGAAUUUUGUAAACAAAUCCAAACUGCGGGCAAUAUUAAAGGAACUGUGUGACGAUCAACUUCUAACUUCUAUCAAAUCCUCCACCAGAACUUGUUAUCGUCCACAGCAUAAAUUAUAUUCUGUAAUUGAAGGAGAGAAAAAUAAUCCACUUUUGAAAAAAAUACUAGACAUUAAUAGUACAACCUAUCUAACCGCAGCAAUUUAUUAUGAUCUACCAUCAACAUUAUGGAUAUGUCAUGAACCGAAGCGUCGUGUCAAUUUUGAUAAGGGACAAUUGCACCAAAAUCUUCAACAAAAGGCAAUUUUUAUUAAAGAAUUCAUUACUAAAGUUGUUUCUCAACUACCCAUAUCCACCACCAUUCAGGACCUACAAAACGAUUUCAAACUUCAAAUUAAAAACUACAAUACAGCAUUACAGGACCUAUUUAAUAUAAUAAAAAAACAUCAAAUAAUUAAAGAUUCCAGCUAUACUACCGAUGAAUUGAUACAAUUAAUUUCAAAUAGUGAUGAACCAACACCAAAUGUACUUAUCACUUCCACAAGGCCAACAUUUACUUCAAAAAGAAAAUGUGAUUCACCGACAAUUAAUUCAAAAAAAAAAAAAUGUAUUCACUGACACCGCUCCAAAAUUAUAUCCACAAAAACUUUAAA